AUGGCUGACGCGGGAGGAGGUGGCGACGGAAUGGGCGGGCAGCUGCCCAUGUGGCGAGGGCUGUUCGACUGGUCCAUGCGGCACUCCGACGGCACGCUCCCGACGGCGCCCGUGGACCCGGAGAAGAUGAAGUGGCUGCAGGACGCCAUGACGCACUACACCGUCGACAUUCCGAACAAGAUGAAGGGCAUCCGGGGGCGCCUCGAGGAGUGCGCGGACGUUCUCGCGCCCGGCAAGGACCUCCCGCUGCUCCUCGGCGCGCCGCCCGGACACGACGGCGGCGCGUCUGCGGCGCCCGCGCCCCCCGCGCCCCCCGCGGAGGGGUCCGCGGCCGCGGCGCCGACGCCGGAGGAGGCGGAGCGGCUGCUGGACGAGCUGCUGGAGAUCGUGGAGAACCUGGACUUCGCGCGGGACUACAACAAGAUGGGGGGGCUGCCGGUGCUGCUGCGGCUGGCGCAGGCCACGCACGCGGGCGUCCGCGGGCGCGCGCUGGAGGUCAUCGGCGCGUCCACGCAGAACCUCCUCCCCGCACAGCAGGAGGUGCUCGACGCCGGGGGACUCGACCGCGCCAUCGCGGCCCUGGGCGACGCCGACCAGGGCGUGGUGGCCAAGGCGCUGCUGUGCGUGGGGUCCGUCGUGCGCGGGCACCCCGCCGCGCUCGUGGUGUUCCGGCGCGCGGGCGGGCUGCAGCGGCUGCACAAGCUCACGCACGCGUCGGACGCGCGGGUGCGGCGGAAGGCGGUGGGGCUGGUGCACCACGUGCUGCAGGCGGCGGGGGCGGAGGACGGCCCGCUGGCGGUGGAGCUCGGCGUGCACCAGACGCUCGCGGGGCUCGUGGAGCUCACGGGCGACGACGAGCACGACGACUGGGGCCUGCUGCGGAUGGCGCUGGAGGCGCUGUUUGCGCUGGUCAAGGUGCCGGAGGUGCGCGGCGCGGUGCUCGGGCUGCCGGGGCUCAAGGGGCGCGUGGAGGCGGUGCACGACCACAUCAAGGGGCUGGACGGCGAGGACAGGGAGGCGGCGAGGGAGGAGGCGGUGCUGUGCCAGCUGCUCCUGCGGGCCAUGGAGCGCGCAGCGCAAGCGUGA